AUGCACACCGAUAUCGAAUACGAUGCCUUCCUCGCAGAUAUUUUUGCUGCUGGAGUCGUUUUGUAUGCUAUGGCUCUCAGCGAUUAUCCGUGGACCUGCACUAGGGCAGGAUCCUGCAGCAUGUUCGAUUUCAUUCACUCCUGGGGGUUUCCGGAAUUCAUCAAGAACCGGAAGUGCCGAGCUGCCUCCAAGACUUACAUUGUCCAGGUGUUGUCUCCUUCGCUAUGUGAGCUCGUGGAGGGUCUCCUUGAGCUCCACCCUGAAGAGCGGUUCUGCCUCGGAGAGCAACUUGCUCUUGCAUGGACGAUGUGUCUGAGCUCGAGGUCACUUGUUGUUGGGACUUGCUGUAGGGCGACGCACUAA